AUGCUCCUGGCUGCUUUGUACUGCCUGCUGUGGACUUUCCAGACCUCUGCUGGCCAUUUCCCUCGAGCCUGCACCUCCUCUAAGAACCUGAUGGAGAAGGAAUGCUGCCCACCAUGGGAGGGUGACGGGAGUCCCUGUGGACAGCUUUCAGGCCGGGGUUCCUGCCAAGACAUCAUUCUGUCCAAGGCACCACUUGGACCUCAGUUCCCCUUCGCAGGGGUGGACGACCGGGAGUCUUGGCCCUCCGUCUUUUAUAAUCGGACCUGCCAGUGCUUUGGCAACUUCAUGGGAUUCAAUUGUGGAAAUUGUAAGUUUGGCUUUUGGGGACCCACCUGCACAGAGAGGCGACUUUUGGUGAGAAGAAACAUCUUUGAUUUGAGUGUCCCAGAGAAGAACAAAUUUCUUGCCUACCUCACUUUAGCGAAACAUACUACCAGCGCAGACUAUGUCAUCCCCACAGGCACCUAUGGCCAAAUGAAUAACGGAUCAACGCCUCUGUUUAAUGACAUCAACGUUUAUGACCUCUUUGUCUGGAUGCAUUAUUAUGUGUCAAGGGACGCACUACUUGGGGGCUCUGAAAUCUGGAGAGACAUUGAUUUUGCUCAUGAAGCACCAGGUUUCCUGCCUUGGCAUCGACUCUUCUUGCUGCUGUGGGAAAAAGAAAUCCAGAAGCUGACAGGGGAUGAGAACUUCACUAUCCCGUACUGGGAUUGGCGAGAUGCAGAAAAUUGUGACAUUUGCACAGAUGAGUACAUGGGAGGGCGCAACCCUGCAAACCCUAAUCUACUCAGCCCAGCAUCCUUCUUCUCCUCUUGGCAGGUCAUCUGCAGCCAAUUGGAGGAGUACAACAGCCGUCACACUUUAUGCAAUGGGACGUCUGAGGGACCGAUACUGCGCAAUCCUGGAAAUCACGACAAAGCCAGGACCCCAAGGCUCCCCUCCUCUGCUGAUGUGGAAUUUUGCCUGAGUUUGACCCAGUAUGAAUCAGGUUCCAUGGAUAAAGCUGCCAACUUCAGCUUUAGAAAUACACUGGAAGGAUUUGCUAGUCCGCUUACUGGGAUAGCAGAUGCCUCCCAAAGCAGUAUGCACAAUGCCUUGCACAUCUACAUGAAUGGAACGAUGUCCCAAGUACCGGGAUCUGCCAACGAUCCCAUUUUCCUUCUUCAUCAUGCAUUUGUUGACAGUAUUUUUGAACAGUGGCUUCGAAGGCACCAUCCUCUUCAAGAAGUUUAUCCAGAAGCCAAUGCACCCAUUGGGCACAACCGGGAAUCCUACAUGGUUCCUUUUAUACCUCUCUACAGAAAUGGUGAUUUCUUUAUUUCAUCCAGAGAUCUGGGUUAUGACUAUAGCUACCUACAAGAUUCAGGACCAGACAGUUUUCAAGAUUACAUUAAACCCUACUUAGAACAAGCAAGUCAGAUCUGGCCAUGGCUCAUUGGGGCAGCCAUGGUAGGGUCUGUCCUCACUGCUGUGCUGGGAGGACUCACUAGCCUGUUGUGUCAUCGAAAGAGAAAGCAGCUUCCUGAAGAAAAGCAGCCACUCCUUAUGGACAAGGAGGACUACCACAGCUUGUUGUAUCAGAGCCAUUUAUAA